UUCUCCUCUCACACGUUGGAGAAGUCCCAGAAUGCAUGAGAUUUGAAGACAGCAGCUGGCUUAGCAGAGCUGCUAGAUCUACUAAAAUACCAGGAAGAAUCAGUAAAGGGUUUUGCUCCUUCCUCCGAAGCCUCUGGUUCUGGCUAUUAUUGGAGACAGGAUAGCAGAGUGCAUGGACACAGACUCCGGCUUUGAGCUGUAGCAUCAUCAGAAAUUUUCACAAGCAAACAUCCAGAGCCACCUUAAAAAAGCAACAUGAAAGAAACUAAGAAACCAGCUGCAACUGAGAAAUUCUGCUGUAUUUCCAAGCUUAAGGUAUUUCUGCUGGCAUCAUCAUUUGCAUAUCUAGCUAAAACUAUGUCUGGGGCUUACAUGAAUAGCAUGCUCACACAGAUAGAGAGAAGAUUUAAUAUUCCAGCCUCUCUGGUGGGCAUUAUUAAUGGAAGCUUUGAAAUUGGAAACUUGUUGAUGAUAGCAUUUGUGAGUUACUUUGGUGCGAAACUUCAUAGACCAAGAAUAAUUACUUUGGGGUGCACAGUUAUGUCUUUUGGCUGUCUUUUGAUAUCACUACCUCAUUUUCUCAUGGAACGGUAUCAGUAUGAAACUGCCCUUUCACCAUUAGAGAAUUCUUCAUCAAGCAUGUCCAUGUGUCUCAUAAAUCAAAUCCAGUCCUCCACAUCUAUGGAGAAGCAAUCAGCAGAGUGCGAACAAAAGUCUGGGUCCUUGAUGUGGGUGUUUGUGUUGGUAGGAAACAUGAUACGAGGCAUUGGUGAAACUCCCAUCAUGCCGUUAGUUAUUUCAUAUGUGGAGGAUUUUUCCAAAGCAGAAAAUUCACCUUUUUACAUAGGGUGCCUACAGAUAGCAACUGUGAUAGGUCCUUUUAUUGGUUUCAUGUUGGGAUCAUAUUGUGCACAGCUGUAUGUGGAUCUGGGUUUCACAGAUAUAGAGGAGGUGACUAUAACACUUACUGAUGCCCGUUGGGUUGGGGCAUGGUGGCUGGGCAUUCUGAUUUGUGGAUCAGUAAAUCUGCUCACUGGAAUACCUUUUUGUUUUCUGCCCGAGUCCCUUCCAAAGGAAGGACAAGCAAGUGAUACUGAGCUAUUAAGUAAGAUAAAUGAAUCAAAAGAGAGAGGUGAAACUCAAGCCAAAUGGAAAAUGCGUGAAAUCACUAAAGAUUUCAUCCCAUUCCUCCGGAGUCUGUUUCACAACCCAGUUUAUAUGUUGUUUAUAUGCAUAACUGUGAUGCAGUUCAGUGCUUUCAUUGGUAUGAUAACCUUCAUGCCAAAAUAUUUGGAACAACAGUAUGGGAAAUCUGCAUCACAAGCCAUCUUUUUAAUAGCUGUUUACAAUUUACCAGUUAUAUGCAUUGGAUAUUUUCUUGGAGGCUUUCUAAUGAAGAAAUUCAAGAUAAGUACCAUUCAAGCUGCCAACAUAGCCUUUUGGAUCUCUUUAAUUGAAUACCUAAUCUACUUCGCUGCUUAUUUCACGGUCUGUGAAAAUUCUCCAGUUGCUGGUCUAACAGUCUCCUAUGAAGGAAUAGAACAGGUCUCAUACAUGGAAACAACCCUACUUGCUGACUGUAACAGUGAUUGUGGUUGCUCAAGUAAAGUGUGGGACCCCGUUUGUGGGAAGAAUGGAAUAACGUAUGUUUCACCUUGUCUUGCUGGUUGUAAAGCUUCAGAUGGAACAAGCAAAUAUACAGUAUUUGAAAAUUGCACCUGUGUUGCAGCUUCUGGAUUUUCAUCUGGAAAUGUCUCUGCGGUUCUGGGCCAGUGUGACAAAGAAGCAAACUGUGACAUGAUGCUUCACUACUUUUUAAUAUUAUCAGUAGUCUGCAGCUUCAUUUAUUCCUUAGGAGCCAUGCCUGGAUAUAUGGUUUUAAUAAGGUCACUAAAGCCUGAAGAAAAGUCAUUUGGUGUGGGUAUCCAUACACUUGCUUCAAGAGUAUUUGCUGGAAUUCCAUCUCCCAUUUAUUUUGGAGCUUUGAUAGACACAACAUGUUUGAAAUGGGGAACUCUGAGUUGUGGUGGUGAAGGAGCAUGUAGGAUGUAUGACAUUGUCACAUAUAGAUGGCUCUACCUGGGACUGCCAGCGAUAUUACGUGGACUAUCCUACAUCCCAUGUGUGUUAAUUCUCCUUAUCUUAAAGAAACAACUUACAUCUUCUGAAGAGAAGACCUUAAAUAGUUCACCAAUGGCAACGGAGGUCAUAGAAGAGCAAAAAUGACUGAACAGAGAAGCACUCCAAAAGCUCAGACUUUUGCGGGGCAUAUCAUGAGACAGUCUCAUAGUAUAAACUUGAGCAUAUCUUUACUAAUGAUUGGUGAUUGAAACUAGUGAACACUUGGACUGAGACUAAUAUAAUUAUUAGGGCUGUCAAGGGAUUAAAAAUAUUAAUCGCAACUAAUCAUGCGAUUAAAAAAAUUAAUCACGAUUAAUUGUGCGAUUAAUUGCACUGUUAAACAACAAUAGAAUACCAUUUAUUUUAAAUAUUUUUGGAUGUUUACUACAUUUUCAAAUAUAUUGAUUUCAAUUACAGCACAGAAUACAAAGCGUACAGUGCUCACUUUAUAUUUAUUUUUGAUUACAAAUAUUUGCACUGUAAAAAACAAAAAAAUUGUAUUUUUCAAUUCACCUCAUACAAGUACUGUAGUGCAAUCUCUUUAUCAUGAAAGUUGAACUCACAAAUGUAGAAUUAUUUACAAAAAAUUGCAUUCAAAAAUAAAACAAUGUAAAACUUUGGAGCCUACAAGUCCACUCAGUCCUACUUCUUGGUUAGCCAACCAUUCAGACAAACAAGGUUGGUUAUAAUUUGCAGGAGAUAAUGCUGCCUGCUUCUUGUUUACAAUAUAUCACCUGAAAGUGAGAACAGGCAUUGACAUGGUAUUGUUGUAGCUGGCGUUGCACAAUAUUUAUGUGCCAGAUGUGCUAAAGAUUCAUAUGUCCCUUCAAGCUUCAAGCACCAGAAUAUAUGAAUAUAUGCACCCAUGCUGAUGAUGGGUUCUGCUCGAUAAUGAUCCAAAGCAGAGCAGACUGAUGCAUGUUCAUUUUCAUCAUCUGAGUCAGAUGCCACGAGCAGAAGGUUGAUUUUCUUUUUUGGUGGUUUGGGUUCUGUAGUUUCCACAUCCUAGUGUUGCUCUUUUAAGACUUCUAAAAGCGUGCUCCACACUUCAUCCCUCUCAGAUUUUGGAUGGCACUUCAGAUUCUUAAACCGUGGGUCGAGUGCUGUAGCUAUUUUUAGAAAUCUCACAUCUGUACCUUCUUUCGUUUUGUCAAAUCUGCUGUGAAUGCGUUCUUAAAAUGAACAUGUGCUGCGUCAUCAUCCGAGACUGCUAUAACAUGAAAUAUAUGCAGAAUGCGGGUAAAACAGAGCAGCAGACAUACAAUUCUCCCCCCAAGGAGUACAGUCACAAAUUUAAUGGACACAUUAUUUUUUAACAAGCAUCAUCCACAUGGAAGCAUGUCCUCUGGAAUGGUGGCCAAAUCAUGAAGGGACAUAUGAACAUUUAGCCUAUUUGCAUGUAAAUACCUUGCAAUGCCUGCUACAAA